AUGGACGAACCCGAACUCCCUCCUCUUUCGUGGUCCACUCGGGCAACAGUAGCACACGCUCGCUCUCGCCUCGCACCACCUCUCUCUCGAAAGCGAACUCAUUCCGACCGGGAAGACGAGCCAGCCAUUUCUAGCGAUCCCGCUCUAUUCUCCAGCGAUGAGACAGCACCUGGCGCCGAAAACUAUGCUUUAGGCAAGAGGAAGAAGCGUACAUUCAAGGGGUCGUGGUGGGAUUGUCACCCAGCUGAGCCUGGAACCAGAGAUGGUCUGAGGGAAAGACGCCAAUUUAAGAGAAAUUUCGACUCGGGAAUCUUCAUGGGCAGUGAGAGUGACGAUCUUCUCUCAAGUGAUGCGAUCACGAUAGAAGAGGAGUUUUUGAGAGACCAGCGAGAAGAUAAAGACAACAGUAAACAGACGGAGUCGUUCUCGUCCUGGCCAGCGCAAAGUGAACCAAACAACCUGAGAAGAAAGCUCGCUCCCGGAAUUAUGGUUGAGAUUCCUAAGGAGCACGAAGAGGUUUGCAAGAUUAUCCGGCAGUGUCUCGACCAUGGAAAAGAGAAUGUGGACCUAUCAUCCAUGUCUCUGUCAACUUUACCCGCCGAUAUCACGUCACUCCAGACACUCAGCAAACAAGAUGAGCUAACUCCGGGCAUGCUGCAUAUUGGCACUAACCUUGAACCCCAAUUACGACUGUUUUUGGGCAACAACUCCUUUACAAAAGUGCCAAGUCCUAUUUUCACCCUUCACAACCUGCGCGUCUUAUCUCUCCGCAACAAUGGUCUCACCUAUAUACCAAGUGCGAUAGGGGAGUUGGUCAAUCUCCAGUCUCUAAACAUUGCAGGAAAUCAGCUGUCUGAGCUGCCCACGGAGAUUCUUGACCUAGCCACUGAACACAAGUUGCGAGAGCUGAGGAUAAACCCAAACCCAUGGUACAUGGCUGAUGGAGCGACGGUCGCCGAGCCUCUUGACAGGCUAAUCCUAUGGCCUGGGCCAUAUCUAUCAUUUCGCAGGACCCAUUAUCACAUCGUUGCAAAAAGCAAGCAUUGGCCAUCGGAAUUUCCCCAGAUCCCGACACUCACUGAACUAGCUCUUCGCCAAUUGUCUAGAUACGACCCUUUGGGCGACAUGGACUUUAUUGCCUAUAUGCCACCGAACACGCCUGAAACUGUGUUGAACCAGCUUCAACAGCUCCAAAAGCAACCCCAACGUCGGUGUACUGCGUGCAAAAAGGUCAUUGUGUUGGCACGGGAAGAAUGGCUGGAGUAUUGGAGCAUUGAGUGUGGUGACGCGAAUGAUGAGAGGAAGUCCCCGCAUCCGGACUUUUCGCGGACUAGUGAACUGACGCCCUUUCGAAGGCUACGGUGCUGGGAUUGCUCCAAAAGCUCAAGACUGAGCGAUGCGGCUUGGGAUGAGAAGUCGUAA